GCGCGGUGCAUUAUGGUUCGCUGGCCGGCGGAGUGCUGAGUCUGAUGUGAUAUGUCAGAUCUGUGGAGAUGUGAGCGAGAUAUUAUGAUGGUAUUAUGACCAACAGGAGCUGCUUUAUUCACGUAACAGUGUUGAUGUGUUCCCUCAGCCGGCCUCAUAUGUGAGGGAUCUGCAGUGAUGUCCUCCGGUCAUGGAUCGUCUCCUCUGCCUCAGUCCAGUGGAGGAGGAGGCACAGAAGAUGGGCUCUUCCGCAAACCCCGGGAUCCCUCCACUGCCUCCAGACACUACCGAACGCCGAGAUCCCUACCGGAUGUCUGCCCCAAAGAGCCCACCGCUGAUAGACGUGGCCUCUGUGAUGGUCCGUCGGUGGUGGCCGACCAGCAUCGUUGGACUGUGUACAACUCUAAAGUCAACCUCCCCGCAGCCCUGAACGAUCCCAGACUGGCCAAGAGAGAGUCGGACUUCUUCACUAAGACAUGGGGCCUGGACUUUACUGAGACCGAAGUCAUGCCUUCAUUCUACCUGCCCAACAUCACCCGUGAACACUUCAGCUCCUACCUGCAUGAGACGGCUCAGAGGGAGAAGAUUCAUGAGCGCUGUAAGAGUAUUUGCUCGAACAAAGAUAACCUGUUGGUGCCCACCAUCACAAACAAUUACGAUAAAGCCAGACCUGAGCUUGAGCAGGUGCCCAAGAUUUUUAUGAAGCCUGAGUUUGUGCUGAAUGAUCCCGCCACAUUUAAUGCUGUGUUGCCAUGGUCCCACUUCAGCGUUGCCGGAGGCAAGAACAGUCGAGAUGUUGCGUCAUCUCGUCUACUACAGGAAAAGUUGAGUCACUACCUGGAUGUGGUGGAGGUGAGUAUCGCUCGACAGAUCUCUCUCCGAUCCGAAGCCUUCUUCCACGCUAUGUCGUCCCAGCACGAGCUCCAGGACCGCCUCAGAGAGACGGCCGACGCCGUCGCUAAGCUACGGGCCCGCACUGCUGCCAUCAACCGGGUGAUAUGUCGAGGGCCACUGCGUGCCCUGCGGGACGCUCUGACCUAUAAUAACUGUAUAAAGCUACACAACAAACUCAAGCUGAUGGCCGCGGUGCACCAGACGCAGCCCACGGUGCAAUUACUCCUCUCCACCUCAGAGUUUGUUGGGGCGCUAGAGCUCAUCGCCACCACGAAAGAAGUUCUGCAGCAGGAACUGCAGGGGAUUCACAGUUUCAGACAUUUGGGUUCUCAGCUCUGUGAGAUGGAGCUCUUGAUUGAUAAGAUGAUGGCGGCUGAUUUCUCCACCUAUGCUAAAAGCGAUUUCAACCGACCCUUUGAGGAGGAUAGUCCGGUUCUGGAAAAGGUCACAAAGCUGUCGGCAGUGUCAGGAAAGGAUCGUCUGCAGUCUCUGGUCUUUGGCUUGUUGAGACAGAGAAAGCUGGAUUUCCUGGAUAUUUACAGUGAAGAGAUGAUGCACGCUGCAAAGAACAUCGUACGGCAGUGUGUGUUAAAGUCUUUGUCGCAGAUCAACGAGAUUGAUUCUAACACUAUCAAACUCCACGAGCAGAUGCGCUCAAUGACGUUCAAUCAGUGGUUCGAUCUGCUAAUGGAUAUAUUUGAGCAAUUCAUCUCGUUUGUUAAGAGAAUCAAGGCCACACUCAGCGUCAUACGAAAUGUUGUGUUGGAAAUUCUCGACAGCAGCCAGAGGAGUCGACAAGCUGAGGUCAUGUCUGCAACAAACCCUUCUGACAGUAGGGGCAAUGAGGACGAGGAGGAGGGGUCAGGGGGACCUGGCCUUCGUUCAGGAGAGGCGGAGCUUGCCUACCUCACCCAUGAGGGCCUUUUUAUAAGCGAUGCAUUAAACGAAGCGGAACAGCGCAGUGGCGCGACGGCACAGAGUCAGUCUAGAGCGCAGAUGCAAUUGGAGGCCUGCGGCAGCGACUCAGCCUCCGCAACCACAGAAUCUUCCUCCAGCAAGGAACACAACUCCAACACUACCUCCUCCCUGACCAUAGGGGGCGCUGCCGCGAUAAGUGAGGACGUUAUGCCAUCUGAUCUCGAGUUGGGUCGAGUGGCCAAUAACAUCCAGGAGCUGCUGUACACGGCGUCAGACGUCAGUCACGAUCGUUGCGUCAAAGUGCUAAUGUCUCGAGCCAAGGACGGCUCUCUUGAGCGCUUAAGUUCCUCAGAGUUUGUAUGUUUGAGUCAGGCCGUAGAGGCGUUCGUCAAAGACACGGAAGAUUUGUGUGGCAGACGCAGUGUCAGCCUGAGGGGGGCGCUGCAGAGUCAAGCCAACCGAUUUGUACAGCGCUUCCACGAGGAGCGCAAGACUAAACUCGGUCUGCUGCUGGACACCGAGAGGUGGAAGCAGGCAGACGUUCCUGCUGAGUUUCAGGAUCUGGUCGACUCCAUCGCUGACGGACGCAUCACUCUGCCUGAACGCAAACCCACAGGUUUUGAGGACAGGAAGCCCAGUGAGUUUCUAUGUGUUGACGGGCAGAAAUACGCUGUGGUCGGGACGGUGCUGCUGUUGAUCCGGAUGUUUCUGGAAUACUGUCAGUGUGUGAACGACAUUCCCUCCAUCACAACAGACAUCCUCACGCGUCUCGCUGACCUUGUCAAGCACUUCAAUUCUCGGAGCUGUCAGCUGGUGCUGGGGGCGGGUGCUCUGCAGGUGGUAGGGCUGAAAACCAUCACCACCAGAAACCUGGCUCUGGUCUCUCGCUGUCUGCAGCUGGUGGUUCACUACAUCCCUGUGAUCAGAGCGCACUUCGAGACCAGACUGCAGCCCAAACAGUAUAACAUACUACGCCACUUCGACCACAUCACAAAGGACUAUAAUGAUCACAUCGCAGAGAUCUCAGCUAAACUGGUGGCUAUCAUGGACAACAUGUUUGCAAAAACUGUAUCUAAGUAUGAGGUGAAGGCUCCCAUGCCGUCCACGUCCUUGCGUAAUGUGUGUAAACAGAUGGCUAAAAUGCAUGAGGCUAUAUACGAGCUCUUACCUGAGGAGCAGACACAGAUGUUGUUUCUCAGGAUUAACGCCAGCUUUAAAAUGCAUCUAAAGAGACAGUUAGCACGACUCGGGGUCAUAAAUGACGGAGGACCCCAAAAUGGGUUGGUCAUGGUAGACGUGGCGUUUUACACAGGGAACGUGCAGGCCUUGCGUUCUCUGGAGCAACUGGACUUAAACAUGCCUGAGAUCUGGGAGCAGAAGAGGUGAUGAUGGACAUCUUCUCCUGGACAAUCAGACCUCUCUGCCACGCCUGCCAUCACAGCGACCUGCUCCACCCUAAGCAGGAAGUGAAUUCAGAGGAUUAUAGGAAAGAGGAAGUGGGGAGACUCAGGACUAAAGGUCUUGCUUAUUUAAGCCUCUGUGAAUCUGGAGUCAUCCAGCGGUGUCUCGCGCUCCACCCGCCUCUUUCCCUCAGAUGAGAACAAGCACUUUUUCAGGAGCUGGAGGGUCACAUUUUUAUUGUGGAGACCAAAUGAGGACGAGUUUGUGUGGUUGACCAAUCCUGUCGCAGCUGGGAAUCGUGGGAAAUCUGUUGAUUAUUCUGAAGCUGAGAUGUGUACGCAGUGCCUCCUUCAGUACUGCCACUACAGUGCAACUUUCCAUUCAUGUGCAAUUCUGUCUGUUAUUUAAUAACUGUCAAAUGAAACGAUGAAUGGUUAUUUAUUUAAAUGGUUUUGUUGUUGAUUUAUUUUUUUUCCAAGUAAAGCAUUCAGGUGUUGAAUGCCGACAGGAGAACUCUAGUAUUGAAAGGGGCUUUUAAAACGUAUUUUUUGUGCCAGUGUAGCAGUGAUGUUGCUGCCUGGUUUUGGCUUUCAUGUUCAUGAGUGCUGAAUCGAUGAAGUAUCAAAACUCUGGGGGUUAAAGGUCAAGGAUGAAUAUCCUAGUUUAUUGUGAGCCUGUGGCUGUGUGAGGAUAUUCUGUACGGCAUGUAAAUGUGAAGAUUCUCGAGACAAAAUUAGACAAUUCUGUUAUACAUAUUUAGGUAAAUUAGAAAAGGGGAAAAACUAUUAUACAGGGAUUCCAAGGUUUAUAAUAAUUAUAGUUUAAUGGAAGAUUAAUCCAUCAAAACAUGAAAUUGACUAUCAAUCUCAUUUUUGUCUUAAUAACCACUACACCUUCUCUACAGUUUUAAAGGAACAUAAAUCUCGUGAGACAAUCUGUUGAACAGAUUUGCUUGUAGUGUGGGGUAAUAACCUCGCAAAAAUGUAGCAGAGUCUUGAAUUCUUUAUAAAGAUCAUCAUAGGCUUAUUGAAUAUGAUUUUCUGACUUCAAAACCACAGUAUUCCCCAAAUCAUGUCUCUUCUACAGUGGGGUCAUUUUACUUAGUUGGUAAUUUGAAUAAAUCCUGGUCUGGUUUUUAAAGGGUGACUGUGGCUUCAUGUGGAGGUAUUUUUUUCCUGUGAGCUUUUGUCAUCGGCUGUGGAUUUCUUUUCUAGUAAUUCCAUGUAUGUCAGCAAUUAUCGUAUUUAACAACCGUGCUGUCCCGUUGAAAGUGCCUACCUUUUAUUUUAAAUCAAUGACUACUUGUGGUUUAAACUGUACAUUUGAUGGCUAGUGUGCCUGAGCUCUGUGUGUGUUUCAGGGCCUCUUGUUGCCCCUCACAUGAACGGAUCAAGAAGUACACUGAUGGGAAAAUAUUGUGGCAUGUUUGAUCUUUUGAAUGGUGGCACUUUUUAACAUUAAUAAAGCCACAGGGAAGAUUUA